AUGGUUGCUGCUGGGGGUAACAUUGAAUUGUUACAUAUUUUAAGAAAUCAGGAGCUAAUUAAUUCACCUGAGACAGGCGAGACUGUUUUACAUAUAGCCUGUUUUUUUGGAAGAUUUGAGAUGAGUAAGAUGCUCCUAGACAUUUUUCCGGAAUUACUGGCUACUAAAGACUUUAAUGGCACUGGUGUCUUACACUUUGCUGCUCUUGGAGGUAACAUUGAAAUGCUGGAGUUUCUGUUAGAGAAAGGUUUGAAUAUAUAUGAAAGGGCAAAUAAUGGAAAAACUGUGCUUCAUUUUUGUUGUUCUAAUGGUAAGACAGACAUGAGCAAAUACUUAGUCAACAAAUAUCCUUAUUUACUCAGAAUCGAAGACAAUGAUGGUCAGAAUGCCUUACAUCGUGCAGCCUGUAGUGGUAAUGUUGCUCUUGUUAUGUUUCUCUUAGAAAAAGAUUUAGAUAUCAAACGCACUACAAAUAACAGGAAAACUGUGCUACAUCUGUGUUGCUUGAAAGGUAAGAUAGAUAUGUGUAAAUACUUGGUCAACGCAUAUCCUUUUUUACUCGAUAUCACUGACUAUAAUGGUGGGAAUGCCUUACAUCAUGCAGCCUGUAGUGGUAAUGUUGCUCUUGUUAAAUUUCUCCUAGAGAAGGACUUAGAUAUCAAAAGCACUAAAUAUAACGGGCAAACUGUGCUACAUCUGAGUUGUUUGAACAAUAAGAUGGAUAUGUGCAAAUACUUGGUCAACACAUAUCCUUUUUUACUCGAUGUCACCGACUAUUAUGGUCAAAAUGCCUUACAUGUUGCGGCGUGGAAUGGUAACAUUGAAAUACUUAAGUUUCUCUUAGAUAAAGACUUAGAUAUCAACAGCACUAGAAAUGACAAAAGACUGUAUUACAUAUGUGUUGUAUGA